AUGAAUUAUUGGGGCUUUAGAGAUGGAGAGAUGGUACGGUUAAAUCCUAAGGCUAAGGAAAAUAUGGAACUUGGUCAUAAGGACUCUGUGUCAGGAAGGAAGGAUGAAACUAGGAAGAGUAAUGAUGGAAAUAUGACAGGCAAGGAGAAGUCCAAGAAGGAUGAAUUGCGGGAGGUUCAGCAAAUAAGAGGUGAGGCUAGCAGUAAAGAAUUGGAAAGGAAAAGCUUAAUCCAAAAUAGCUGGAACAGUCAGAAGGAGAGCUCUACAUCAGAAGCUACAGAAACUCUCCCAAGGGGAAUCAGUAAAUGUGUAUUAGAGGAAGCAAGUUUGAGUAUCCCAGUGGAGGUAGAGAUAAAUGGUAAGAAAAGAGGUGAAGUGGAAAGAAACGGACUUGAACAAAUAGCACAAGAGCUUAUGCAAGUCACAGUAAUGGAGGAUGAUUCUGGCAGCCCUGAAACAGCUUUAAUGAUAAUGGAUCCAGGAAGUUCUGAGCUGGGUACUAUGGCUGCCCAGAAACAUAACAGGAAAAUGAAGAAGCAGUUGAGAUCUCCCAAAAUCUCUCGUCAGCCUUUGAGGGAUCUGAGUGGGAACAGGAUAUUGGCUAUUCAACAAGGAAAAAGGAAACUUAAUUUGAUAGAUGAGGAGAUGGUGGAAGUGCAGGUAACAGAGUUUGUUCACAAGAGAAACAAACUGGGAGUUGGGGAAGUGAAUCCUGGAGAGAAACAAGAGGGGGAAGGGGCCAACCUGGCCCCUCAAGUUUCAAUGAAGGUUCUGGUGUGGAACUGCCAAGGAGCAGGGAGCCCCUUGACAGUUCCCCAGUUGAGGGAGGCUAAUAACCUCCUCUCCCCAAAUAUUAUAUUUCUGAGUGAAACCAAAAAUAGGUAUAAUUACAUGAAAAGGGUCCAAAAAAUUCUGAGGUUUGAGGAAAGUGUGAUUGUGGAAGCUAUGGAUAGGAAAGAAGGUAUGGCUUUGUUUUGGAAUAAAGAUAUUGAGGUCAGGGAAGUAGUUACAACAGCUCUCACUAUAGAGGCAUUGGUUUUUGAUCCGGAGCUGCAGAUAGACUGGUGGUUUAUUGGAGUAUAUAUGAGUUGUGAUGCUAAUAUUAGGAAACAACAGUGGAAAGUUUUGACUGCGAGAAGACAGUUGUGGGGAGAUAAAUGGCUUCUGGCAGGGGACUUCAAUGAUAUAUUAACUAAUGAAGAGAAGUGGGGAGGUAAUGCAAGAGCAGAGAGGAGUUUCAAGGAGUUUAACAGCUUUAUUGAAUACAACAAUCUUGUGGAUAUAGGUUUUACUGGUUAUCCCUGGACAUGGAGCAACAAUUGGGAUGGUGAAGGGGAGAUUAGGCAAAGACUGGACAGAGGUUUAAGUACCAUUAACUGGAGCCAAUCUUUUGACAAGGCUAAAUGUGAUCACGUGGAAACUGUUGGGUCAGACCACAGCAUGUUGCUCAUAGAUAAUUGGCCUAGAAUGGAUAAAAAAAGAUCAAAAUUCUUUUUUGACAAGAGAUGGCUCAAGAGGGAAGGGAUCAAUCAAGUGGUUGAGCAAGCUUGGAAACAAACAGUGGAAGGAAAUAGGAUGUAUAGGAUUACAAGGCAGAUUGCUAACUGCAGAGUGGCUCUACUCAAAUGGAAGAACAAUUUCACAGGAAAUUCUUUGCUAAAAAUCAAUCAAGUGAAGCAACAGAUUAAGGAGAUAAAGGAAUCUAAGGAAUCAGGAGCUAAGGAUAAAAUCUCAGAGUUAAAAAUUCAGUUAAAAGAGGCCUACACAGAAGAAGAGCAGUUUUGGGCUCAAAAAGCAAGGAUUGAUUGGCUGAGAGAAGGGGAUAAGAACACAAAAUUUUUUCAAGCUUGUGUGAAGGGGAGAAGAAGGCGAAAUAGGAUGCUCAAUAUACAAAGGGAUGAUGGUUCUUGGACUAAGAGUGAGGAGGAGAUGGGAAAGGAAGUGGCUGAAUACUAUAGAGUCCUUUUUGCUAGUUCUGGUUGUGAGGGUCUGGGUGAGAUUCUAAAUGGUAUACCUACCACUGUCACUACUGAGAUGAAUGCAAGGCUAACUCAGGAAGUGGAGGAGAAGGAAAUUAAAUCUGCUCUUUUUUCCAUGAAUCCAAAUAAGGCACCAGGCCAAGAUGGCAUGAAUCCUUUGUUCUUCCAAAAAUUUUGGCACGUUGUGAAAUCUGAUUUAAUUGCUGCCAUUAGGCAUUUCUUUUGGUCUAGCAACAUGCCUAAGUCUUGGAAUCACACUGUCAUCUCCCUCAUCCCUAAAAUCCAGAAUCCUACCAACUUGAAGAGCUAUAGGCCUAUUAGUCUCUGUAAUGUUGUUUACAAAUUGAUUUCUAAAAUUUUGGCCAAUAGACUCAAGAAUGUUUUAAAUCACUGCAUUAGCAAAACUCAGGCAGCUUUCAUCCCAGGCAGACAAAUUCUUGACAAUGUCAUUCUUUCUCAUGAAUAUUUGCAUUACAUGAACAAUAAGAGACAAGGACAGAAUGGACUUAUGGCUGUGAAGCUAGAUAUGUCAAAGGCCUACGAUAGAGUGGAGUGGAAAUUCCUUGAUGCCAUGAUGGAAAGAAUGGGCUACUGCACAGUAUGGAGGAAGUGGAUUUGGAGCUGCCUCUCCUCAGUUACCUACUCUUUCAAUAUUAAUAGAGUACCACAAGAAUUUGUAACUCCAGAAAGAGGAAUAAGACAAGGUGACCCACUGUCACCUUAUCUUUUCCUUUUGUGCUCAGAAGGUUUCUCCAAUUUACUGAAGCAGGCUGAAGGAGAUAAAAGGAUCACAGGGGUGAAGAUAUGCAGAAGUGGGCCAAGAUUGUCUCAUUUAUUCUUUGCUGACGAUUCUUUGAUUUUCUGUAAUGCUGACAAAGAGGAAGCAAGUGAACUUGUUCAAAUUCUGAGGAAGUAUGAGAAGGGGUCUGGUCAAUCCAUAAAUCUGGAAAAGUCCUCAGUUUUCUUCAGUCGCAAUGUCAGUCAUCAGAGGAAAGGGGAAGUGAGACAAAGCCUUGGCACAAUCCAGGUGGCUACUCAAGGAAAAUAUCUGGGGCUCCCUAUGGUGAUAACUAGAUCAAAACAGCAAGUUUUUGGUUUUAUUAAGGACAGUAUCAGCAAGAGAAUGAAGAACUGGAAGAACAAGCUGCUCAGCCAAGGAGGGAAGGAAGUCUUAUUGAAGGCAGUUUCUAUGGCAUUGCCAGUGUAUACAAUGUCCUGCUUUAAACUUCCAAACACACUGUGCAAAGAAGUGACCUCCAUUUUUGCUAAGUAUUGGUGGGGAGAAGUCGAAGGGAGAGAUAAGAUGCACUGGUGCUCGUGGGGAAGAAUGGCCAUGGAGAAAAAAGAGGGAGGUUUAGACUUCAAGGACUUACAGAAGUUUAACAAAGCCUUGCUGGCUAAACAGGUUUGGAGGCUGAUUACCAAACCAAACCUCUUAGUCAGCAAGGUUUUGAGGGCAAAGUAUUUCCAUAGGGACUCUAUCUUCAAGUGCAAAGUCCCAAAGUGUGCUUCAUGGAUCUGGCAAAGUCUGAUGAACGUAAGAGAUUUGGUGCAAAAGGGAACUAGAAAGAGGAUAGGCAAUGGCAAGACAACAAACAUUUGGGAGGACAUUUGGAUCCCUGGUAAUGAGGAUGGGAAAGUCACUUCUGCAAAGCCUCAGAACUACAAUAUCAGAAGAGUGGAUGAGUUGAUCAGUGGUUUUAGGUGGAAUAAACCAUUAGUGCUUAGAACUUUCAACCAGAAAGAUGCGGUGGAAAUCUUGGAUAUCCCUAUCAGUAUAUCUGGUAGGGAAGACAGUAACUAUUGGGUACAUAGUGGUCAUGGCAGCUACACGGUCAACUCAGGAUACAAGGUACUGUGUAGAGAGAGAACUCAAUCCAGGGAAAGAAGAGAAAACGAAGCAGAAACAAGUUCAGCAAAUUCCAAAGGGAAACAAUGGAAGUGGCUGUGGAAACUGAAGCUAAAAAGCAAGUUAAAACACUUCAUUUGGAGGUGUCUAAAUGGUAUGUUACCAGUUAACGACCUUGUUUUCAAAAGAACACACCAAGGUGAUCCAAUCUGUGAUGGUUGUGGUGAAAAGGAAGAGUCAACUGAACAUAUGUUUUUUCAUUGCAGCAGAGCUCAAGAGGUUUGGAAGAUGGCACCAGUACAGUGGGAUGGUUUGUCUGAUCAGACAGGGAACUUCACAACCUGGUGGACAGCUAUGCUGGAUGCCAUAUGUAGGACAGAGGGCAGGGAACAUAUAGAACUAACCGUGAACAUCCUUUGGCAAAUUUGGAAGAGGAGAAAUGAAUGGAAGUUUAAUGCAAAACGUAAACAUCCCUGGAAAACAGUCAAAAAGGCUCAACAAGAAUGGCAUGAGCAAGCAACAGUUUGGAGCAAAGAGAAUAUGACCCCUGAGAUUGCUACAAGAGAUAAAGAGGAAGAAGAACCAGAGGAGGGAGGACGUGAUGAAAUGCAGAUCAGAAUCUCAACUCAAGUGCAAGAACCAACUAAUAGAAUUGGCACAGGGAUUAUAGCAACUAACUUCAAUCAUCAGCUGGUGGCAGCCUGGGCACUUAUUGACAAGAAAGCAAGGAAUCAGGUGCAGAAUAUUGCUGAAGCUGUGAAGAUGGCCAUUAUAAAGGCCAAACAACAGCAAUGGCAGAAAAUUACAGUCUACAUACCCAGCCCUCAGCUGUUGAAAGGGUUAACGGAAGGAAUAGCCAAGGAUAUCAAAAUGGCUACCCUGACUGAUGAUAUUAACAAUUUAAGAGCUUUGUUUCAGAAAUGCUCCUUUUGUUUAGAUAGGAGAUUAGACUCCAGAUGUGUUUUGAUUAGUGGUUAUGCUUUAGGCAUAUUUCAAGAUGAGGAAUGGAUCAAUCCUCAGUGUGUCUAA